AUGGAGACACCACAGCAGCCACAGGAUGCGCUGCAGCUGAGUGCCCUGGCGUCCCAGAACUCCAUUAUCUCACGAAGCUUGUACACAAGGGCAGCUGAGCAGCUCAAUGGCAAACGACAGAAGCUCGAAGACGUGUUCGAAGAUCCCAUGAUGAAGCACCGAUUCGAAGCCGAAUACUCAAAUUCAACGACCCUACCCCCUACCUUGGCAGCCAGACAGCCGUCGAGCAAACCUGGAAAGAAACUGGCCGCCAAACAAAAGACUGCCGGCACGGCGCGACUUGCGCAGAAACUGCUCGAGGCUGGACCGGGAUCAACGACGGCAGGCUCGUCAGCAAACCCAAUGCCCGCCGUGAACGACUCUCCAAAUAACAAUACGGCACUAUCCACAAGAGGUCCGCAAACCUUCCAACAGACCAAGCCCGAGUGGCAUCCCCCAUGGAAGCUGAUGAGAGUCAUCUCUGGACAUCUCGGCUGGGUGCGCAGUUUAGCAGUAGAGCCAGGAAACAAAUGGUUUGCCAGUGGUGCUGGCGACAGAACCAUCAAGAUUUGGGAUCUAGCCACUGGUUCAUUGCGCCUGACUCUUACCGGACACAUCAGCACUGUCCGCGGCCUAGUAGUCUCACCCCGACAUCCGUACUUGUUCUCUUGUGGAGAAGAUAAAAUGGUCAAGUGCUGGGAUCUGGAGACAAAUAAAGUAAUCCGACACUACCACGGCCACCUCAGCGGCGUAUACACUCUAGCCCUUCAUCCAACUCUUGACGUUCUCGUCACGGGUGGUCGGGACGGCGUUGCCCGAGUCUGGGAUAUGCGAACACGCAGCAAUAUCCACGUGCUGUCGGGUCACACUGCCACCGUAUCAGACGUCAAGUGCCAGGAAGCAGACCCCCAAGUAAUCACAGGUUCUCUUGAUUCUACGGUGAGGUUGUGGGACCUUGCCGCGGGCAAGACCAUGGGCGUGCUCACCCACCACAAGAAGGGUGUUCGAGCGCUGGCUGUUCAUCCCACAGAGUUUACUUUUGCCAGCGGCAGCACAGGGAGCAUCAAGCAGUGGAAAUGCCCCGAGGGCGCAUUUAUGCAGAAUUUUGAAGGCCACAAUGCCAUCAUUAACACUUUGAGCGUGAACCAGAACAAUGUCUUCUUCUCAGGAGGUGACAACGGGUCAAUGAGCUUUUGGGACUGGAAGACAGGUCACCGCUUCCAGUCACUCGAUACCACCGCACAGCCUGGGUCUUUGGACGCGGAGGCUGGCAUAAUGGCCUCGACGUUUGAUCGCUCUGGCCUGCGUCUGAUUUGUGGCGAAGCAGAUAAGACAAUUAAAAUCUGGAAACCGGAUGAGAAGGCUACUGCAGAAACUCACCCGUUGCAAUGGACACCGUCACUAGGACGACGCAAGUUUUAA